AUGACACGGCAUGGUAAGAACUGUAUUGCAGGGGCUGUCUACACCUACCAUGAGAAGAAGAGGGACGCAGCGGCCUCAGGCUAUGGGACCCAGAACAUCCGACUGAGCCGGGACGCCGUGAAGGACUUUGACUGCUGCUGUCUCUCACUGCAGCCCUGCCAUGAUCCUGUGUUCACCCCAGAUGGCUACCUGUACGAACGGGAGGCGAUCCUGGAGUACAUCCUACACCAGAAGAAAGAGAUUGCCCGGCAGAUGAAGGCCGAUGAGAAGCAGCGAGCAGCCCGGAGGGAAGAGCAGAAACAGCUUCAGCAAGCUGCAGCCCAGGACCAAGUUCGAGGCUUCCUGGAGAAGGAGGCAGCCAUCGUGAGCCGGCCCCUCAACCCCUUCAUGCCCAAAGCUGCCACCUUACCCAACACAGAUGGUGAGCAGCCAGGGCCCAGGGUGGGUCCCCCAGGCAAGGACAAGAACAAAGCGCUGCCCAGCUUCUGGAUUCCCUCACUGACGCCUGAGGCAAAGGCCACCAAGCUGGAAAAACCAUCUCGCACUGUGACCUGCCCGAUGUCUGGGAAGCCUCUACGCAUGUCGGACCUGAUGCCAGUGCACUUCACGCAGCUGGACGACUCUGGAGACCGCGUGGGACUCAUCACACACAGUGAGCGCUACGUGUGUGCUGUGACCCGAGACAGCCUGAGCAAUGCCACACCAUGUGCAGUGCUGUGGCCCUCUGGGGCUGUGGUCACCCUGGAGUGUGUAGAGAAACUGAUCCAGAAGGACAUGGUGGACCCGGUGAACGGGGAUCCGCUGACAGAACGUGAUAUCAUCGUGCUGCAGCGCGGCGGUACCCGCUUCGCAGGCUCAGGAGUGAAGCUACAGGCAGAGCUGUCUCGGCCAGUGAUGCAAGCCUGAGCUGUGACCUAAUAAACCUGCCUGUGAAUGGA